AUGCAACUUAUCCUCGAGAACGCCGCCCAGAAGGCAAUGAAGGAGGACGUCAGAAGGAAGGUCCAGGCACUUCAUGCCCAAAAGAGGACAACACCGAUGAAGGACUGGCACCUUCUCAACGACCAAAUCGACGAAACAAUCGUCGAAUGGAAUCGAGUCCACCCGAAAGGUGCCAACUAUCUGGAUCUCCAUUGGAUGACUCUCCACGGAGCAAUCCGUUUCGUUGAGACAGAAAUCCGACAGAGAUCAAGCGGAGUGAUCAAGUUGGAGACCGGGGGGCUGCUAGAUUAUCGAUCUGAAACUUCCCUCAUCCAACCCACAACAAAACAAAAUAUUCCAAAACCCAAAAAGUGUAUUCCAAUCCUUUUCAAAAAACCAAAUAAAAUCAAAAAUAAUGAGAGAAUUAUCAAUCAUCACGCGAAUAAUCACGUGGAGAAGCAUCCGGUGAAGCGUCACGACGACGAGGAGACGAUUCAGGUGAACGACUUCUGGAGACACGACGACGUGGAGAUUCGGAACGACGACGGGGAGAUUCGGAACGACGACGUGGAGAUCUCGAUUCGGAACGACGACGACGAGAAACUGGAGAACGACUUCUGGAGUAAGUGUUGGAGCGAGAGCGACGUCGAGAAGUUUUUGGAGAACGACUUCUGGACGAGCGAGUGUCCUCUUUCACACGGAUAUAGGCGGUUUCUCCCUGGAAAGAUAAUUGGUUAA